AUGCCAAUCACUUCGACGCCAGAGGGCUAUUUGGACACGGCCGUCAAAUUGACGCAAUUCAACGCAAGGCAAGCCAUCUUCAUGGCCUUCUGGACUGGAUUCAUGGGGCUGUUCGCCACAGCAUUCGUCUUGCUCUCGACACCCGCGCAAAGGCGCAGACCGCUUUUCAGCAUUCAGUGCAUUUUGUUGAUCCUCACGCUCAUCUACAACGGCAUCGACCUUGCUUACACUUACCUCUACACGGCAAAUUUCAUCGAGCAACUAGGCCAGAACAGAUCUCAGCCGACGCCAUGGCCCGAGGCAGAGCCGACCAUCGAGAUCAUGUCGCACCUACUGCCUUUUCUGAUCGACUUGACCCUGAUCAUCAAGGUGGCUGCCUUCUAUCCAAAGCGAAUCUACUACGUUGCGUGGAGGAGACUUCUGCCGAUUGCGCCGCUCAUUGUUGUUGCCUUGGCUCGCCUCGCGACGAUGAUCUACAGCGUUCAGCAAUGGUACCUCGGCUACGUCACACUGGAUGAGAAGGUGGGGGUCGAGACAUCCGAUGACAACCCCCUGUGGAUCGCCGAGCUGCGUGCCACGCGCAACGCAACCAAGGCAGCACUGGCAGAGACCAUUUUGCAGAUAGUGUUCUGCGCUUAUGCCUCGGGCAUACUCCUCUACAAAGCCGUCACCUUUCUUAAGCAUGCAGAGCGCAGCCCAGCCCUCAAACGAAGCAUCGUAUUCCUCGUGGAAGCCAUCUUGAUGUCAUUCUUGCCACCACUCAUUGUCCAGAUCAUUUCGAUCGGCCUCACCGCAUCUACCUCCUCCAACACGAGCAUCAGCUUCGCUGCAGCGUAUUGCAGAGCUCUCAACGUGUAUCUCAGCAUGAUCUUUUCAAUCCUUGCUACAUCGUGGUCAACCAUACGACUAGCUAUCAUCGGUAGGAUCGGCACGGAAAGAUCAGGCGGCAUGCAUCCAAAGCACUCGCCGAAUCAGGCCGUCGCUAGCCCCGAAGGUCGCCCUGGAUCAAGGCAAAAAGGGGCCGAUCAGUUUCUGUUCACCUCGAUGCUAGGGUCGAUUGCUGACAAGAGUACCGAUUCGGAGCAGAUGGAAGUAUUGAGGACAGACAUCUUCGAAAGCCCCACGGGCUGGACACAGGAAACGGACAGAUCGAGCGGGAAGGAGCAUGCGAAAAUUUGA